AUGGCCCCUGCAAGGAUAUCCCACGACCCUGUCCUCCGUCGCGAGCCAGCAACACAAAGCCGCGACUUUCAGCUCCGCACCUUGAACUCAGAUCUCUGUGUCUGUGGUGGAGGCUUCGCUGGUACUAUAGCUGCCAUCGCAGCAGCGAGAAACGGCGUGUCAGUCAUUCUCAUUCAGGAUAGACCUGUUCUCGGAGGCAAUGCUUCCAGUGAGGUCAGAUUAUGGAUCCUUGGAGCUACGUCGCAUAUGUUCAAUAACAAUCGCUAUGCGAGAGAGGGCGGUCUUGUUGAUGAGAUUUUACUCGAGAAUUUGUAUCGAAAUCCUGAGGGAAAUCCUCUAAUUCUCGAUACUAUUCUUUUAGAGAAAGUGAGACUGGAGCCGAAUAUCCAGUUGUUUCUCAACACUGCUCUUGUUGGCUGCGACAAGGACGGUGAUCGAAUCAGCUCUGUCAGCGCUUUCAACUCUCAAUCCUCCCUCAAAUUCACCAUCCAGUCUCAACAAUUCAUCGACUGCACCGGCGACGGCAUACUCUCCUUCCUCGCCGGCGCUCCCUUCAGAAUCGGCGCCGAAAAGCGCGAUGAGUUCAACGAGCUCUUCGCCCCAUCCUCCGAGUACGGCCAUCUUCUUGGCCACUCCAUCUACUUCUACACCAAAGAUGCCGGUAAGCCCGUCAAGUACGUCGCACCAGCAUACGCUCUGAAAGACGUCGAGGGAGAAAUUCCUCGCUUCAAGAGCUUUAGCACGAAAGAGAUGGGCUGUAAUCUCUGGUGGAUUGAGUAUGGUGGCAGACUUGAUACUAUCCAUGAUACGGAGCAGAUCAAGUGGGAGCUUUGGAAGGUUGUGUAUGGAGUUUGGGAUUAUUUUAAGAAUUCGGGGAGGUUUCCUGAGGCGGAGAAUUUGACGCUUGAGUGGGUUGGGACUAUUCCGGGGAAGAGGGAGAGUAGACGGUUCAUCGGUCCCACUAUCAUGGUGCAGCAGGACAUUGUUGAACAGCGCUACCACUCUGAUGCUGUGUCAUUUGGAGGCUGGUCUCUUGAUCUUCAUCCCGCUGAUGGCGUUUACCAAAUACCAUUUUCCUCAAUGGUGUGCUCCGAGAUUCCAAAUCUCAUGUACGGAGGCCGCAUCAUGUCGGCUUCCCACGUUGCCUUCGCAUCUACCCGGGUCAUGGCGACAUGCGGAGCCAACGCCAACGCUUUGGGUAUCGCUGCUUCUCUUUGUAAGAAGCAGAGCGUCGACCCCAUGGAAUUACUUAUCAAGAGUAACAUGAAAAACUUCCAGCGAGAGCUCAUGCGCUUUGGUCAAUUCAUUCCUGGGUAUAAGCUAAACGACUCUGAAGAUCUUGUUCGCUCAGCCUCGCAGAUUGAGGGAUCAUCUUUUGAGCUAUCACAACUUCAAGCUGAUGGACCACCAAAGGUUUUGGUUCGAAGUCUUGCGCAGAUGCUCCCCCUCUCACAAGGACCUGUUCCUACCUUCUCCAUCGCAGCCAUGUCAGUCGAAAACACCGUAUUGACGGUUCAGCUUCGAGGUUCUCGGAAGCCCUACAACUACACGCCCGAGGUCAUCUUGGCUGAGACAAAGUUUUCCCUGGUUCCAGGACAGAAUGAUCUUGUCAUCGACUUCAAGGUCGAGAACCCUCAGACUCAAUAUGUCUUCCUGUCCUUCCUGCAGAACAACUCGGUGGCCCUCUGCACCAGCAAGACACGUGCAUCAGCACUUAUGACUGUUGAGCACGAAUGUACUCAAAGCCCGCCUAGUGAUGUCGGAGUCGACGAGUUCGAGCGCUGGACACCAGUUCGAAGGCCAAUGGGUCACAACCUCGCCUUGACGCUGGAUCCACCUCUGAAGGCUUGGGGGGUCGAGAACAUCUGCAAUGGCGUUCCCCGACCGACCAAGAGAACGAACUGCUGGGUCCCUCGUGCCGACUCAUCUGGUAGGAAGAUUCUCAAGAUUGGUUGGGAUAACCCUGUCAAGGUGAACAAAGUUGUUGUGCACUUUGAUACAGACUAUGAUCAUGCGCUUGAGUCGGUGUUGAGAGGUCACCCAGAGAGGACUAUCCCCUUCUGUGUCAAGAAGUGGCGUCUGUUGGACCUCUCUAGUGGAGAGCGAGAGCUGUAUGUUGAGGAUGAGAAUCACCUGUCGCGCCGUGAGGUCGUUCUCGAGGAGAGUAGGACGGUGAAGGAGCUUGGUAUUGAAGUUCUGGAGUUGAAUGGCGAUGAGAACGCCUUUGGUGGUAUUUUUGAAGUCCGAGUGUACGAAUAG